AUGGAUUCUUCUCUCCUUCCUCUCAUCGUUCAAACUCAACAAGGAAAAGUUCAAGGUUAUCUGGCCAAUCCAACCACACGUGCAUUUCUUGGAAUUCCCUACGCACAACCAUCCACAGGUUCCAAUCGUUUUAAACCACCUCAAGAAUUGCCUUCAAAUAAUAAUAAUCCUCAAAUUUUCAAUGCAACUUCUUUUGGAUAUGUAUGCAUUCAACCUCCUGAUAUGGGAAUUAUCUAUCAACAACCCAUGAGUGAAGAUUGUUUAAUUUUGAAUAUAUGGACACCUGCCAACUCCAGUGUCUUUUCUCAAAGUGGUAGCACUAGCAAUUCUCUCUUACCUGUCUUUUUUGGAUUCAUGGAGGUGGUUUCAAGAAAGGUUCUGGAAAUAUCUACGCCGUGGUUCUCGUUUCCAUUAAUUGCUCUCAAAUGGGUUCAACAAAACAUUGCCAAUCAUUUCGCAUUUACAGAUCCAUGUUUUGGAUCGACCCACGGAGCUGAAAUUCCAUUCCAAUUUCCAAGCAUGCUUUUAACAAGACCUGGCACUGGUAAUUACAAAUUCACACCUCAGGAACAAGAAUUGUCCAAAGAUCUCAUCAUGUAUUGGUCGAAUUUUGUGGUGAGUGGAAGUCCCAAUCGAAAUGCAUUCUUUCAAAUGAAUUUAAAGAGAAUGAACAGUAGUAGUGGAGGAGGAGAUUGGCAGACAGCAACGGAAUGGCCACGAUACAGUAUUUGUAAUGAUUCUCAACUCUAUCUUCAAAUGGGAGGACAUGUGGUCGAUCAAGGAGGCAUGUAUGGAAAGGUGUGUCCAUUCUGGAAUCCAUUCGAACAAUUGCCAGUGUUUCAGUGCAAUGCCUCGGAACCUAUUCCUCCGAAUCCACCCAUUCCGAAGCCACAACCUCCUCCUCCGGUGGCCUCUCCAUCUCCAGUGAAACCAAAAGUAUCCUCAAGUGAUGUUGUAGCCAAGAAAAGUACUACAGGUGGAGGUGGUGGUGGUUCUUCAGGUCCAAAGAGGAGUGAUCGUGCCUCUGAGGGUGUGUCUGAGGUGGACAUGAUGAAAACGGUGAUGAGUUAG